AUGUCUCUGAUAUUAUUAGCGAAAGGAAGAUACCUCGAUCCAUCUUACCUCCGAGUCGGACUUGGAGUGGUGCAGGGCCGUGUGCGGCGCAAGAUACAUUCCGUUGUGGACCGACACUGGAUGGAAGCAGAAGGGGGUGGAGCCGUUGGCCGUGUACCAUCUAGCAUCCUUGUGCAAGUGGAUUUGCCUCCACAUCCACCAAAUCUUCCACUUUUUGUUGCAUCAGCAGAGUUCUUGCCUGCACAGGCUGGAGAUCUUGGAUUGGCCAGAGGGGAUUUCAUCAUAGGCCUAAACCCAGUUGACGAGUCAUGGUGGUGUGGAGAGCUGAAUGGCAAGAAGGGGAUCUUCCCACGUAAUUUUGUGUGGCAGAUCAACACUGACAUUAUGGAGAUGAGCGACACUCAGGAGAAGCAAGUGAACAUGAGAGCCCGAGUGAUGAUGAGCAUCCGUGCACAGCUUCCUGAGGAGCUGAAUCUGUAUGCAGGAGAUAUGAUAAGGAUAACCCAUGUGAUAGAUAAGGACUGGUUCAGGGGAGAAUCCAAUGGGGAAACAGGAAUAUUGCCAGCCAGCUUUGUGGAGAUUAUUGAAGAGAAUUCAGUGCCUUUGUCCUUGACUCCGUACCAAGAACCCAAGAGUGCCGCAAAGCCCAGUGACAGUUCGACAGUCACAGAGUUUCAUUCUGAUGAUUAUAGCAGGCCCUCCCCCCCUGCGUCAAAGGAAAGUAUAGAGACAAACUUGGACUAUAACAAGCCUGUCAGUUCUAGUUUUCUGCCCCCAAGUGCUGGGGAGAGUAACCAGAAUAAGCCAACAUCAAAUCUGGUAGACCAGGUGAGAGAUGCCCCAGUGAAGCUCUCCAACACAUCUUCUUACUGGAAGACUGUGUCAGGGGAAGCAGAUGAUGAUGAUGACAUAUUUGAUGAUGAUUACUUCAAGCAGAACAUGCCCAGCAUCUAUGCUCCUUCAAAGUCAGAGAGAAACAUAGCCUUGUCUACUAUAGGCCAAACACAGUUUAUGACCCCCCCUUUGAGUGAAGCCAGUGCCUCCCCUGCAUUUGCAGAACUGAAUGUCAGGCAAGAGAGCAAAAGUGUGGACCUCACUGCCACAGGAAGCAGGUAUGAGAACUUAGGCUCAUGGGAUACAGGAACUCUUGAAGACCUUUCCACACCUAGUGCCUUAGCCAGUGCUCAGGAGCUGGAAGAACUAAAUAGGGUUAACUCAAUUUCGAAAAAGGUGGAGAGUUACUUCUCUCAGAACUUGCUGGAAGACUCUGGGGGAGAAAAAAUCCUUAGUCGUAAUAACAACAGUCUGUUGAAGGAUUACAACUCCCUUGCUUCACCAGGAUAUAACGAAGACAACACGGGUAUUGAGCCCUACGGUCGGGCUGUAUUCUCUUUCAGUGCCCAGUACCCAAAUGAACUUACCUUCAAAAAGGGUGAUAUAAUUCACCUCAUUAAACACAUUGAUUCACACUGGACUCUUGGCCGAAUUGGAGAAGCCAGUGGAAUAUUCCCUACAUCAUACGUGGAUAUCAUAGUAAAUUGCCUGCACAGUGAGGAGGAAACGUUCCUCUCGCGUUCUGAAGGCUUGCCUCAGACAGUGUACCUGGGCCAUGCACAAGCAGCUUAUGAUUUCAAGCCUUCAGAAUCAGGGGACGUCUCAAUGAUUAAGGGAGAUAUCCUCAAGAUUCUAAAGUUUGUUAAUGAUAAUUGGGUAAUUGUGGAGAACACAAAUGGCUCAAAAGGUAUGUGUCCUAGGAAUUACCUCCAUAUAUUGGUAGAGGGUUCACAAGAGCAAACUGUGGCCCCAACGAGUCUGUCUCCUGGCUUGACUUCAGAGCCUGCUGCUGAGAGAUUGUCCCGCCUGCCCACCCAAGACGUCGAGCAGGCUAGGUCAAGAAGUUCCUCACCCUACAAUGCUCUGGGAAAUCGUCGUUCCUACAAGAAAGAUGACUUUGGGUCUAUCAAGACUAAAGAGGUUGACCAAGAGCUGGCCAAGAACAUUGCAUCGCUGGAUGUCACACUGCGCAGCAAUCUUAGCCCUCUGGAGAAGAAGAGUGGUGAGAGUGUGUUCAGUGAGAGGGAGAGCAUUCAGAGUGAAAGCAUAAACAAAAUUCAGGUUGUCAGGAAAGCACCUGCAAGGCCUCUCUCUGUGCCUAAUAUGUCUUCUAGAGUGAAUAAAAAGUCUUCCACUGAUGGAAACACAGCAGUUACAGAGACAGUAGAUUUGAGAAGAAUGUCUACACCUCCAAUAGUUCAACCAUCUUCCUCUCCGACCACACCAUGCACACCCAGCACACCAACAACUGUGCAGAUGUCUCUAGAGGACAAGGUGGUACCAGUGGCAGCCCCUCGAACCAUGAUCCUUCCUCCAGUCCCUCCUAGGACGAAACUCAAUAAGUCAGACUCCACAAAGUCAGUUGCAUCAGAAAGUAUUGCAGACUCUCUUCCUGAAACGGCUGUAAGUGAGGACAAGCAUUCAACAGUCACAGAAGAACCAAUAUACUCACAAGUACAGAAGCUGCGACUGUCUGGAAAGCCGUCAGAGAAGCCGAGAAUGCAGAAGUUAGAAAAGGGGACAAGCCUGACAAGGGGAGACAGUGCCAACAGUGCAGCCUUUCCAGAUGACAUCUCAAGUGUUAGUGAAAACAGUUACUCAUCAGGCUUGGCCAACGAAAGCACCACACCUACUCUGACUCCUCAGAGGCCAGCACCACCUCCUCCACCAAAGGUUUUUGAAAAGGAUGAGGAACUGGAGGAAUACUACUCUCUGCCUCCUGAUGAUUUGCAUGUGAGUAGGGAGCACAAGUUACUUCAUGCAGAAGAGGGGUUGGAUGCUGCUGGUGUUGAUACUGAUGACAAAGCAAGCAAACUAGGUGAAGGCACCACAGCAUCUGCUGAGGAAGAUGCAGAAAAGGCAGCUGCUGCCUUGGUGAGAAGAUCGAACCAUCGCCAUGAGCUGGUGCAGGAGAUGGUGACGACAGAGUAUGAGUACAUCCAUGACCUUGAGGCGCUCAUCCAGGUGAUUCGUCUGGCCGCCUCCCAGAAGGAGUCUCAGACAGUCGAUAUCAAAACUCUUAUGGGGAACAUCAGCCAGGUUGUAGUUGUGGCAAAGAAAUUCUUGUCAAAGCUAGAUAAGGUUGCCUACCACAAAGAUGAGGAGCUGAUGGUAGGGCAGGUCUUCCUGAACUGUGCUGAUGAAAUGUGCGAAGUGUACAAGGCAUAUUGUUCCAACCAUAAUGUUGCUGCUGAACCUCUGUUAAAGAAGUAUAUAGAAGACCCAGGACCUGCAGCCUUCUUGCAGUGGGUGUUGCAGGAACUUCAGCAGCACAAGAUUCAGCUAAUGGACAUGAGAUCAGUCCUCAUCAAGCCAGUCCAGAGAGUCCUGAAGUAUCCCCUCUUCCUGGACCGCCUUGUGAGUGAAACGCCCAUGGGACAUCCAGACUUCAAGGACCUAAGCGAAGCCAAGACCCGGAUGGCCAACGUGGCCAAAGACAUCAACGAAUACACCAAGAGGCUUGACCUUAUUAACAAAUAUCGUGCUGGAGGGGACCAGUCUCUUCAGAGCAAGAUGCAGAGAGUGAGCAUGCACUCAGUGGUAAAGAAGUCAGCCAGAAUCUCAGCCAUGGUUUCGGAGAUGUUGGGCAUCAUGAGCCAGACAAAGCCGCGACUGGACCUCCUUAACAGAGUUCGAUAUGUUCUCAUAACAAAAAUCGCCAGAGCGUUUGCAGAUCAUUUUUUCUCCCGCGUCCGAACAAGAGCGGCAGUCACCCUCACUGGGGGCUCAGCUGUUCCUUGCAAUGUUGCUAGCAUCGGCAAACGGAUGUUACAACAGUGA